CUUAGUUAGGAAACUACCUACAACAGUAGAAGAUAGCGUUGGACUGUAGAAGAUACAGUUAAACAGUAGUAAAGGGCUGAGGAAAAUUACUAUCGAAACUUUGAGUAACUUAGAGCAGCCGCGUUAGCAGAUUAAAAGGAGUUCAUGGGCUGGGGUUUAUAGGGCCGAAAAAUAAAAAGAAAAGUUUUAAUGGGUUUAAUUCGGUAAUCCGUCUCGUUGGAGUGAGCCCGUAUGAUACGGGUUCAAGCCACGCGUCGAACAGGCAUUGGCCGCGUGUUAUCGCGUCGAAAGCGAGAAAAAUAGGGUUACGCGUGAGAGGAUUCAUUUUCUCAUCUUUUUUCGAAAGCUAGGGUUUCUUUCUGUGGGAGGCGAUUUCUCGUGCGACGCGACAGCCGGAGAAUUUCUCGAUCGAAUCGACGUCAGAGUCUCUCGUAAACGAUCUCAGAUGGAUCCCGCAGAAAAGAGAAGAGAGACAAAGAGGCAGACGGAGUUGAUCAACAUGCAAGGAUACGUGGCAGAUUCAGAAUACGGGAUUCCGACGAGGUGUCCCUGUGGAGGGAGAAUCAUUGACGAUGUUCGGGGGAAGGACGACUACGACACUCUUCCUGGGAAGCGGUUCUUCACCUGCAAAAACUACAAGGCUGAUGGGUUUCAUUACCGUCAGCCUUGGGUGAUUGGUGUCCAGGAGCAUAUCGAACGUCUCACAAAGCGUCUGGAGGAGGUUGAGUUGGUGAUCAACUGGGUCUCGGAGGUCAAUAAUCAGAUUGAGAGGCUGGAGGCAGAGGUUAAAGCCCUCAAUGGGGAGGUUGAUAACCUCACUGGGCAGGUUUAUAACCUCUCAGUGUAGGUCGCGGACUUGGAGAAGCUAUGCUUCGACUGAAAAAAAAGGUUUGUAGGUCACGGGUUGCGGUAGGUGGAUGCGUGCGUGUGGACGUGUUGUUAGUAGGUCUCGGCUUCUUUUGGUAUCAGGUCACGGGUUCUCUGUUUGAUUCACGGGUGAGUGUAGAAUUUUGAAUCUUUCUACACUUUUUUUAACUUCAUCGGCUUUAAUGGGUGUAUGUACCCACAAGUUGUGUUUUGAACUCUCGGGUGUAUGUACCCACGGGUUCUAUUUUGUACUCACGGGUGUAUGUACCCGAUCAACAUGUAAAAUAUGUCUCUUUAUAUAAUCUAUGUUUCUCA